AUGGAGGCUACAUCUCUCUGCUUCAGACUGACUGGUCCUGUGAUCCUGGAGACUCCUGCUCUUCCUGUUUUGGUGGGACAAAAUGUGGUUCUGCGCUGCAGACACAAGACAACUUCCACCAACACCAAAGCUGUUUUCUACAAAGAUGACGUCCUCAUUGAGAGCAGUCCUGCUGAUGAGAUGCCAAUUAACAAUGUUUCCAAGUCUGAUGAAGGCGUCUACAAGUGCAGCAUCCCUGGUGUUGGAGCGUCACCAGGAAGCUGGCUGGCUGUGAGAGAGACCCUCCCCAAAGCCACUGCUGCCCCUAACGUCCUCAUCCUGCUGUGGGUAGUUGUCACCACUUUAAGUUUGACUCUGGGGCUGCUGGUGGUGGGAUUCCUUUAUAUUAGGAAACACAGAGCGGUGCUCUGCUUUUCCUCAAAGAUGGCAACAGCAGCAUCAAACUCCAGCAAGGACGAUCAAAUAGUCUCUGAAGACAAUGCUGCAGAUGACCCAAACAGUGUGACAUAUGCAGUCGUCGUCAUAAAACAAAGAAAGGACAAAGGUUUAUUUGACUUUAAUUUAGAUUUUUCUUUUCUAUAA